AUGGUUGAGCAAGAACUUUUUGGAAGUAUAAUCAGUUCUCUUGAAUCUGCUUCAAACGAAUUAUUUUCUGGAACAUUUUAUGCUAAUUUGAAUAAUUAUGAAAAAUUAAGACUAUACUAUCCAGAUUGUACUGCCUUAGAUGCUAAAUACAGUGGUAUUAAAUACCAAAAACUUAGAAUACUAUGUGCACAGCUUGUAAAAUAUUUAAAAACUACACAUACUACAUUCAAAAGAGAGGAAAAUAAAUAUGAUCCUUGUAUCCUUUUGAAUUAUUGGUUUUACAGUAAAUUAGUGAGUAUUCUUGAUACUGAAGAUAAAAAUGUUAUUGUCCCUGCUUUGGGUAUUCUCGAAGGAAUAUGGAAUGAUGCCGUUUAUAACAAAUCAGAUAAGUCACUCUAUAAUAAAUGUAUUCCUGAAGGUAGAAUUGCGGCUCAGAAUGACUGGAAAAAAAGAAAGGAAUUGUAUGAAUAUUGUGUGAAUUAUGAUACUAUUGAAAAAACUAUUCCAUUUUUUGUACAAACCUGCCCAAAAUAUUGGUCGUACGUUGAAUCUCACACUUCUCUAUUUGAAUAUUUUAAGACACUUUGUACUAAGCAAAAUGAUCAGUGUCCAAAUUUCUAUGAUCAAUGCCAGAAAUAUGAUCCUAAACAUGUUUUACCCACUUUUGUUUGUAAUGAACAGAUGAUGAAAAAGAAAGCUGAAAACACUGCUGCAAAUGCUAGAUCAACAUUACCAGCAGGUAUGCCUGCAGGUCAAGAAGCAAGUUCUGGAAUGUCUAACAGUUCAGAUAUUUCUUCAGGCGGUUUACAGAGUCCACAUAACGGUACUCACCCAGCUAAAAAAACUGGUGACAUACUUCUGGGAGUAGUUGCGACUUCUCUAGCUUCUGGAGCUUUAUAUAGGUUUACACCCUUAGGAAAUAUGUUACGCAAUGGAUUUGGAAGGAACAAUAAUAAUAUGAGAAAUAUGCAUGGAGGCGAAUAUGCAUUAUUUGAUUAUGCAUCAGAAUCCUUUAAUCCAUAUGCAGGGGGAGGUGAAGAACAUUAUAUUGGUUACCACCCUGCUUAA